AUGACAUCCUCAUCACCAAUCUCAGAACUCACCACUCUCCACCUAAAACCCGGCAUUGACAUCCACAAAGCCGACUCCCAAGCCUGGUCUGAGAUCCUCAAAACAAUCUCCUCACAACCCGGAUUCCUAAGCUUAACAUGGGGUUCCAAGAUCGAAGACCCAACCAUCAUAAUCCUCUGCAUCAACUGGAAAUCAUACAAAGACCAUGAAACCUUCACCACAGCGUCAUUCUACACAUCCUUCCUCGAAACCGUCUCCGCCCUCUUCACAACCGUCGAAAUCCACCACUUCACGCCCCCGCAAUCCCUUCUCUCAAAAGUCCCCGUCGUAGAAACCGUGACCGUCUUCCUCGCCACCCCAGAAUUCUAUGGCUCAAACCUCACCAAGUUCGCAAACGCGGUACGUUCAUCUUCAACGACCGGGUUAAAAGGAGUGGAGAUUGGAGAGGUGGUGGAAGAGUUGGCGAAAGAGGAGGGAGGGGAAGCGGGGAGGGCUUGUAAGUUGUUCAUUGGGUGGGAGAGUGUGGAGGAUCAUAUGGCGUUUAGGGAGACGGCGGUUUUUAAGGAGAAUAUUGGGUUGUUGAGGGAGGGAAAUGGGGGGAUUGAGAUGUUUCAUGUUGCUUUCAAGGACAGUUUGUGA